AUGCCACGCUUCCGACCUCACCAAGGCGGUAGAACUCCUGGCAAAGGCCAAAUAGGAAGACGAGGUCCCAAUAUUCGGAAACGGGAAGUUUUCGGGACCUCGCGGCUGAGAGAGACAGAAGAUGAUCCUGCGCAAGAUUCCUCUGAUGUGGAAGACGAUGGAUUGAACAAUGUAGAAGAGCCUGGAUCAGGAGACGAACAAGACCUCCAUUCUAUCAGCGAAGAUGAGGCUCCCGCCUCCAACUCUUACGCCACCUUGCUCCAGUCGCUCAAUGUGGGUAAGGAUAAUGGCGAACCUGCAAGAAAGAAGAGAAGGAUCGCGAAAGACGAUAAUCCAACGUGGGCCACAAAAGCUAAAAUGUCAAUCAACGAAACACCUGCCGAAGACGGCAGAGGCCCGGAUGUUAAGGCAGAGGAGCAGCGGAAAGAAUUGGAAGAAGACGCAGAUCCGGACGAAGACCCUGAUGAUGGCCCAGCAGAGGAUGCUGACUCGGAGGAUGAGGCUAUUCUACUACGGGAUCCGUUCGAGAGACACUACUCGGCUAUGACGGAGCAGGAUCUCAAGGAUGCUACUCAACCGGGCCAAAAGAAUAAAUGGAAGGCCCAGUCGCUGACUUCGGAUUCGGAUAUUCGCAUCACGACCUUUUCCAGAACUGGCGCUCUGUCCCCUGGGCCCAUAAAGUCAGCAAGAGAUCUCUUCUUGAAGAAGAGGCUCGUCGAAAGUGGUAUGAAGCUUGUGUCGUCGUUGUCAGUGGAAGAGAAAACCCUGGCAGGCCCUAUGUUCAACUACGUGGACAUCCUGAAUGGGUGUCGGAAUCUCAAAAAUACUCACCGAUUACGCGAAUUGUCCUGUCUGCAUGCCUUGAAUCACGUCUUCAAAACAAGAGACCGUGUUCUCAAGAAUAAUGCCAGACUCCGCGCUCAAUCAAAUGCUGAGUCCCUUGAUCUUCGAGACCAAGGAUUCACCAGACCCAAAGUCCUGAUCAUGGUUCCCACAAAACAAGCGUGUGUCAGAUUCGUGGACAGCAUCGUCGAACUCAGCAAACCCGAUCAACAGGAAAACAAAGCACGGUUCCUCGAGACAUUCUCUCACGAAGAUGAUGAUGAAUGGCUGGAUAAACCUGAAGAUUUCCAAGAGUUGUUUGGUGGUAAUCACGAGGAGGAAUUUCGAAUCGGUUUGAAAUUCACCAGGAAGACCGUCAAAUAUUUUUCGGGCUUCUACAACUCGGACAUUAUCAUUGGCUCUCCGCUCGGCCUGAUGCGCACCAUCACGACCGGCGGAGGGGGGAAGGACAAGAAAAAGGGCCACGACGCUGAUUUUCUUUCCUCAAUUGAAGUCGUCAUCGUAGACCACGCGAAUGCUCUUCAAAUGCAGAAUUGGCAACAUGUCGACUAUGUCUUCUCCCGACUUAAUCACCUCCCCCAGGACUCGCAUGGCUGCGACUUCUCUCGCGUCCGGCACUGGUAUCUCGAUGGUCAGGCGAAAUACCUGCGGCAGACCGUCAUCUUCUCCGGUUUCCUAACGCCAGAAUUCAACGCUUUGACAUCCACUCACCUCCACAAUAUCACUGGCCGCAUCAGAUUCCUCCCUACAUACCCCGGCGCCGUACUCUCGAUCUCCUCCCACAUCCCAGUGUCCGUGCCGCAGAUGUUUCUUCGCGUCCUUUCGCCCAACGCUCUACAAGACUCCGAUGCACGCUUCAAGUUCUUCACCACGACCGUCCUCCCCACAGUCGUGAGCGACGCGCCGCGCCAGAAGGGCACCCUUCUUUAUACCACUUCGUACGCCGAUUUUGUCCGCCUACGCAACUACCUCUCCACAUCUCCCGACACGACAAAUCUCUCCUUCGGUUCUAUCUCCGAAUACACACCAAUUCGUGACGUGAUGCGUGCUCGUUCACAUUUUCUCUCCGGCCGCCACACCCUGCUUCUCUACUCGGAGCGCGCACACCAUCAUUUUCGCUAUAAACUUAAAGGUGUCAGGAGAAUCGUCUUCUACGGAAUUCCUGAGAACCCGGUCUUUUGGAUAGAGAUUGUCGCGCUGUUGGGCUGGAGUAUGGAUGGGGGAAAAGCCAAUACCAGGGAAACUGUUGGGAGUUUGAAUUUCAAGAAGGGUGCGGUCAAAGCCCUGUUCUCAAAGUGGGAUGCUUUGAAACUGGAGCGCGUCGUCGGCACAGAGAGAGUGGGGCGCUUACUCUAUGAUCGCGCGGGUGAUACGUUUGAAUUUGUCUAG